GGAUUUGUUAAGGAUUCGGUGAUUUUUAUCUGAAGAUGAGGACUGUUGUGUUUGUCAAUAGCAUCGAUGAAGAUGAAGCUGCAUAUUCACCGGAGCCGACCAUUUUACCAAAUCAAGUUCAGACCACCAUCUCCAAGGAUACUGCAAAGCCUGAAUCAGGAGGUGUCGUGCAACCCACCCCACUGAACGGAGAUAACAAAGAUGAAAAACAGCAGCCUGACCCCGGUAUGGUCAUGAGAGCUAGGAAAUGGAUUGGAGUCCUGGUUUACAAAGAAUCUGAUGAUGGCUCCAAACAUAUGGGCGAGGUUGUGGAUUACUCUGAGGAAACUGAAUUGUACAAGAUUGAAUAUGAGAAUGAUGUCUCUGAGGACCUGGAUUAUGAAGCAUUACUGCCGAUUGUAGCCCCUCCACCGGUAGUUUGCCAAUAUCUGGAAAGCAUUGGUCCUAGUGAAAAUGAAAAGCGAAAGAAGAAACGGCAUCUGUCAGACACAACAGUGCCAAUUCAUCCGAGAAGGCCUGCCGCCCCAGUCGAGCCCGAACCCAAAAAGAGGAAGGCCAAAAAACCUGCGGGUUCUGCCAGCACCUAUGUGCCCCUGGCAUAUAGAGAGACCAAGAAGGAUGCCUAUUACUACUAUUAUUAGUAGCUGCAGUGUGGUUGGACCAAGGAGCUCUUGGGAUGCUGCUCAAGGGAUUCUAAUUCAAUCGCAACUUUGCAAUCAAGUGCUGGUUAUAUUCGCCUAUGUGUGUUUUCGCUCCAGUUUGUAACAUCGUCUAGUAUUAAAACUCUAGAUUUAUUCCCGUUUCUCUUCGGAUUGCUUUGCUGUUUCAAGUU